UGUUGUGUUGGUGUUCAUUAGAAGAGCAGUAUUGGAGGGUUCCUGCAGCUCUGCUGGGUUUUUGGAGUGAAAUAGAAUUGUAGAAUUGUAGAAUAUUCAGAUCGUCAUGGUGAUCAGUGUGUUAAUAUACUGCAGGGUCUGUCAUAAGGACUGCUGAAGAUUUGCUCAUUUCUACUUUGGAAACUUCAUGUUACACAUUUCCAGAUUGAGCUUAGUGAGGACAUUGGCAGUGCUGGUGAUGAAAAACUCCUCUGAGGGGUUUGUACCUCAUCCUGAAGAAGAUCAUCAUUCAAACUGGACAGGGGAGUCUGAUGAGAAAUAUGUCUCUGAAGGACAGAGUUUAAUAUUUCCUGGUCCUCUGAUGAGUGCUAAGAUGCAGAAGGAGGAGCUGAUGAGAUUUAUCCAGGACAAAUGUCAGGAGUGUUUGAUGCACCUGGAUCAACCUGAGCAACAGAAAUCCUAUUUCUUCUGGUCCAUUAUGGAGUAUGUCUGUAAUAGAAAUGGACGAGUAAUGAUCUUCGAAAUCUCCCCGCUCCUCUUCAAGGGCUACGGCCUUCUGAGGAGAAAACUGGGAUGUGUGGAGAAACAGGAGGACUGGUGUAUUCCUCUGGCAGUGCUUUUAUGCUCCGCAGCUCCAAAAGAUGAACUCAGAGAAGCCAUUAUUGAAAUGGGAGACAUGUUCGCGUCUAGAAAAUGGAGCUAUGCAGCACAUAUAUGUUAUGUGGUGGCGCAAUUGGAGCUGGGAUCACACCCACGAUUUACUCUGAUUGGAUGUGACAGAAUGCCAGACAGUAAAUCAGCCCUGAGGGAGGCGAUAGAGAGAACUGAGGUCUAUGAGUACGUGCUGUCUCUGACCACAGGGUUCGGCCAGCCACACUUCCAGGACUUCAAGUACGUUCACGCCUGCUACCUAGCCGAGGCUGGACCCUGUGCUCAGGCGCUUGAUUACUGUGAAAGAGUUGCUACAACGGUUCUCAGCUUCCCUCACUGCAUCCAAAACAAUGUGAUGGAAUGGGGUAUAUGGCUCUCUGAGCGUUUGCUUCAAGAUGAAUGGAAGAAGGAAGCAGAAGAACCCAAGUGGCUGAUAGAUCUUCGCCAGCUGCUGGAAGAUAGAGCAGCCCUUUCUAGCUCUUCUGAUGACCAGGAGCAGUGCAGCUCUGAGUCUGAGGAACCAGUUAACCUGCAGUUCCACCCUUCAGAUUAUGAUGAGUUUGACUCACGGUACACUAUGGGAGAGAUGCUGGGGACUGGAGGCUUCAGCUAUGUCUACGCUGGAGUCCACAAGGCAGAUGGGAAACCGGUUGCCAUUAAAUGUAUGGACAGAAAUCCCUAUGAUAAAUUCAUCACCAUCCCUGGAGAUACACGCAGGCUCCCUCUGGAGGUGGCAUUGAUGGAGAUGGUGUCCAAGCCUCCUGGCUGUGAGAAUGUGGUGAAGCUACUGGAAUGGUUCGAGACAUCCACCUUCUACAUCUUGGUGCUGGAGCGACCUGUCCCCUGCACAGACCUUUAUUACUACAGUAAAGGUCAAUUGCCUGAACCAGUGGCUCGAAAGCUCAUGUGGCAGGUGGUUCAGGCUGCUCAUCACUGCUGUACACAUGGAGUUUUUCACCGUGACAUCAAGCCUGAGAAUAUUUUGAUCAAUACGAACACACUGGAGGUGAAGUUGAUCGACUUUGGCUGUGGCGACCUGCUGACGAACGAGCCCUACAAGAGCUUUUCAGGCACUCCGGUUUACUCACCUCCUGAGUGUAUUCUCAACAGAGACUAUUUUGGAGUUCCUGCUACUGUCUGGUCUCUGGGUGUGGUCCUGUUUUUCUUGGUCAAUGGACAGGACCCCUUUAUCAGUGAUAAAGAGAUUGUUGAGGAGGAUCUGCAGCUCCAUCCUGAUCUGUCUGUCGGGUGUUGCGAACUGAUCAAGUGGUGCCUGGAAAAAGACCCGAAUCAUCGGCCAACUCUCACACAAAUUCAAAACCACAGGUGGUUUAAGGAGAGACUUCAGGACACGGUCCAGGAACCAGUGAUCAGCGACCUGACUCCUGCAGCUGUGAUGGAGAAACAGAUGUUUGCUGCUGGUGUCGUUGGUGUCGCCCCAGCUGGCCUGAUAGAAUGCCCAAAAGUCCAUAAAUGGAGAUGGUACAGUCAGACACUCUCAUCUGUAAAUAUGGAGAAAUGAUGUUUGAGCUCCACGGACAGGACAAAUCACAGCAAAAUUACAUCAGUCAGAAAAUGUGGCCGUUGGCGAGGUUUAUGCUGGCAGUAAAGAAGAAAAGAAAAGCUUCAGUAAAGAAGCUUAACCCUGCUGUACAACGUCUAGUGGAUGUUUGUCUGCCAACAAGAUUUCAGCUAGCGGUAUCGGCAGCAAAGGAAGCAAGUGGGUUUGAUCCAUCAAAAAAUAGUUAUGACACCCCGUCUCUAGCUUGUAAAAUUGGGAACACCCUCAAGAAAGUCUGCGAGAUUGUGAUAGGUGAGAGUCUGAUGAACGAAGACCAUGAGGCAGGACAGAAGGCCAAGAAUUUCAUCAGGUUGCUUGACUCAUUGCUUAACACAUUUGUCUCAAAGCGAGCCAGAACCGACCUUGAACAAAACAAAUGGAACAAAGCUGAUAUUCUUCCAUUGACUGAAGAUGUUGUCAGGUUGCACAAACACCUCAAAGUUUUGGAGGAUCAGUCAAAAGAACAACUAACUAAGAGCUCAGAUCCUGUGGCAUGGAGAAAUCUUUCAGAAAGCGUUCUAGCGCAAAUAAUAAUGUUUAAUAGGAGACGAGAGGGUGAAGCUGCAAAGCUGUUAGUAGAAACAUACCAGAAACAAAACACAGCUCCACUGUAUCCUGAGAUCUUACAGAGUUUAUCCAAACUAGAACAAGAUUUAAGUGAAAAGUUCACAAGAGUUGAAAUAAGAGAAAAGAGAGGCCGCAAAAUACGUGUCUUGCUCACCGACAGAAUCCCUUGAAAUGCUAAUAAAAUUCAGAUCAAGGUUUGGUGUACUAAUAACAAACCCUUACAUGUUUGCCAGAAUUGAGGCACAUCAGAGGAUCAGACUCUCUCAGGAAAUUUUCAAAUGCCUGUGAAGCAAAAUUCUCUGAGCAUCUCACAUCAACAAAGCCCCGCAAACAAGUGGCAACUUUGUGUCAGCUCAUGAACUUUGACCACCUGUACCAACAACCAUGUUAUGGUUAAAGUCACAGACAUGACACUUUUUCCCCAAUUCUGAUGUUUGAUGUGAACUUUAACUGAAGCUCUUGACCCGUAUCUGCAUGAUUUUAUAGAUUGUACUGCUGCCAUAUUAUUAGCAUACAGUGCAUCCGGAAAGUUUUCACAGUGCUUCACUUUUUCCACAUUUUGUUAUGUAACAGCCAUAUUCCAAACUGGAUUAAAUUCAUAAUUUUCCUCAAAAUUCUACAAACAAUACCCCAUAAUGACAUGAAAGAAGUUUGUUUGAAAUCUUUGAAAAUUUAUUAAAAAUAAAAAACAAAAAAAGCACAUGUACAUAAGUAUUCACAGCCUUUGCCCUGACACUCAAAACUGAGUUCAGGUGCAUCCUGUUUCCACUGAUCAUCCUUGAGAUGUUUCUACAACUUGAUUGGAGUCCACCUGUGGUAAAUUCAGUUGAUUGGACAUGAUUUGGAAAGGCACACACCUGUCUAUAUAAGGUCCCACAGUUAACAAUGCAUGUCAGAGCACAAACCAAGCCAUGAAGUCCAAGGAAUUGUCUGUAGACCUCCGAGACAGGAUUGUAUGGAGGCACAGAUCUGGGGAAGGGUACAGAAACAUUUCUGCAGCAUUGAAGGUCCCAAUGAGCACAGUGGCCUCCAUCAUCCGUAAAUGGAAGAAGUUUGGAACCACCAGAACUCUUCCUAGAGCUGGCUGCCCAGCCAAACUGAGCGAUCGGGGGAGAAGGGCCUUAGUCAGGGAGGUGACCAAAAACCCGAUGGUCACUCUGACAGAGCUCCAGCGUGUCUCUGUGAAGAGAGGAGAACUUUCCAGAAGAACAAUCAUCUCUACAGCACUCCACCAAUCAGGCCUGUAUGGUAGAGUGGCCAGACGGAAGCCACUCCUCAGUAAAAGGCACAUGACAGCCCGUCAGGAGUUUGCCAAAAGGCACCUGAAGGACUCUCAGACCAUGAUGAAACAAAGAUUGAACUCUUUGGCCUGAAUGGCAAGCGUCAUGUCUGGAGGAAACCAGGCACCAGUCAUCACCUGGCCAAUACCAUCCCUACAGUGAAGCAUGGUGGUGGAAGCAUCAUGCUGUGGGGAUGUUUUUCAGCGGCAGGAACUGGGAGACUAGUCAGGAUUGAAGGAAAGAUGAAUGCAGCAAUGUACAGAGACAUCCUUGAUGAAAACCUGCUCCAGAGCGCUAUGGACAUCAGACUGGGGCAAAGGUUCAUCGUCCAAUAUGACAACGACCCUAAGCACAUAGCCAAGAUAACAAAGGAGUAGCUACAGGACAACUUUGUGAAUGUCCUUGAGUGGCCCAGCCAGAGCCCAGACUUGAACCCGAUUGAACAUCUGGAGAGAUCUGAAAAUGGCUGUGCACUGACGCUCCCCAUCCAACCUGAUGGAGCUCGAGAGGUCCUGCAAAGAAGAAUAGGAGAAACUGCCCAAAAAUAGGUGUGCCAAGCUUGUAGCAUCAUACUCAAAAAGACUGAAGGCUGUAAUUGGUGCCAAAGGUGCUUCAACAAAGUAUUGAGCAAAGGCUGUGAAUACUUAUGUACAUGUGCGUUUUUUGUUUUUUAUAAAUUUGCAAAGAUUUCAAACAAACUUCUUUCACGUUGUCAUCAUGGGGUAUUGUUUGUAGAAUUUUGAGGAAAAUAAUGAAUUUAAUCCAUUUUGGAAUAAGGCUGUAACAUAACAAAAUGUGGAAAAAGUGAAGCACUGUGAAUACUUUCCGGAUGCACUGUAAAAACCUAUUUUUACCUCACUGUAAAAACCAUCCGAUAAUCAGGGCAGAUUAUAUCCUGUCAAUCAAAUGAGGGUGGGAAAGCACCGAUUUCGUGCUGUGCGUAAAGAUGUCACUUGUGUAGAAUGAUGACAAAACUGAGUUUGUAAACUUUGUACUCUCUGCACUGUUAAAUUUUUACACUGGAAGUGAGCAGCAGUGAAGAGGGAGUUUCAGUAUCGAGUCUAAUUUUAUUAUUAUUUUUGCCUCACAACUCAUGCGGCAUUAAAACGCCAGUACACCUUUGAAAGAUUUAAAUGAAGAUAAGUUGACAAAAAAGUAUAUAUUGUGCAGAAAAAUAUAUUUGUAGAGUAGUAUAUUUCAUAUCCAGUUAAUGUUAAUAUAUAAAAAAGUUUAUAUUAUAUAUUACCAGUUUGAUGUCAGUGAUGGAGUAGAAAUGCCUUUGUUUGUGGUGAGUGAAUGUGAACCUAACAGGAGGUCUUUCAGAAUUCAGUCAAUUAAUUCUGUUAAUAUGAAUUGAUAACAUUCAAUAAAUUAAGAAAUCUUACUUUAAUAUGUGGGAGUGGGGGAGGGGGGAGGCGGAGAGAGGGAGCUGAGGCUGUGUGAUGAUGGGGGAGGGGGAGGACACUGUGACUUCUCCACACACACUUAAUAUCACAACUAAAUCCAAACUAACUGCUGCCAGAUUAUACUGAAUAUCUCUGUUCCUUCACUGGUUAAAAAGGCUGAAUUGUGUAGCUUUAAAUGUGACAUAUCAUCAACAGAUUAAAAUAUAUUUUUUUGAACGACUCAUUGUAAAUAGUAAAAAUAACAUUAAAUAAAUUUUAAAAAGUAGUAUUGAUUUACCCGUAAAUUACUAAUAUACAGUAAUUUACUGGCAAACAUUUAAAAGCUGUCUAUUAUAUAUAAUCACAGAAAGGCCAUACUCUUCCUCCUUUUGCCAUAAACCAACUUUCCCUCCAAAAUUGAAACCAUGCUAUAAACCCUCUGUAGAAUAAAUCUUAAAUUAAUAUUGCUGAUAUGCUUUCAUAGUCACACAUAAAAUGGUGAGUAAAAUUAAACUAGUCACUAAUGAUUGGCUAAAAACAUACGGUGCUUUAAAUUUUCCCUCCUGAAGAUCUAAACCCCGCCGCCACAGAAUAAUUUGCCCUCUCAAAUUUGAACUGGCCAAUAAGACAAAUUCCUCCACUGAGAAAAAUGUAAAGGAUCAGGAGAGUGCAGAGGCUCAGAAACUCCCACACACAAAUUAAUCAUUAAUGUGAGAACCAAAAAAAGUUUUUAUUAAAAAUGAUGAUUAUGAUGAUAAUUAAGGUCAGUGGAAUCGAUUUUAAGUGAUAAUUUUGUGUGGACCAAGGUCCUCACAAGAAAAGUGGGAUGUCAAUAUCUGGUCCUCAUAAGGGGGGAAACACACACACACACACACACACACACACACACACAGAGACACACAAAGCUAUACAUAUAAAGUACUCAAACUCAGUUUAAACAAAACCAUUUUAUUAUGGUGGAACAGGGAUUUAAAAUAAAAUAGUACACACAAAAAUAAAAGUAGUUCGAAAUCACAUUUUCAUGAGGACAACUGGUUCUCAAUUCCAGUCUUAUGUAUCACAGAACUGUACAGUUCAGUCUGUACAUCUACUGGCCUGCUGAGCUUAGUCCCAACACUUUACUCUGCCUUGGUGCAAUUAGUAACGGUCUUUAGUGUCAUCUGCAUAUUAAAAUAAGUGUGUUAAUUUAAGAUUGGUACUAAAGUAUUUUUAUUCCAGUUACCUUAACGAACUCAUAGUAGUCACCCAGGUCUAGAAUUGUGAAUUAUUUAUCUAAUUAUCUGGCCAUCAUCCCUUACGUCCUUUGGAAUUGUUUCCCCUUUCAAGUGACCAACUUCCCUGCCAAAUUCCUGAAAAGUAAAACCUCUCUGAUCAGUACAUUUGGGACAUUUUAUUUCCCAGCCUGCUGAGCUUGGCGGCGCAGCAAUAUAUAAAUUUUCUCUUUGAUCCAGUCUUUGUUGUUGGGUUGAUACGUCUGUGUGUCAGCUCGGUACCUAAGAGACGAAAGGCAGAAACAAAGUGACAGUGAGCAAUCUAUUUUGCAGUGACAUUUCUGCACAACAAAUAAAUUUUUUUUGUAUGCAGGGUAUGCAAUAGUGUUUUCCACAAAAGAGUGGUUUUCCUAAAGAACAAUGGUGUUUUUGUAACAGAUAUAAGAAAAAUAGGAAAUAUAAUUUAUUUUUUGUAUUUGUGUUUUUUCAUGGCAUGUGUUGCACUGUAAGAUGUAUUAAUUUCGCCAAAAUCCUUUGCCGUUAUUUAUUAGUUUGCUGUUCUUGGUGUUGGGAGUACUUUAUUUGUGUUAUAGCGCUCUUUGUUAAUUGGUAGCAGAUGUAUCGCGUCAUUCCCGGUUUCUCGUCAGUCGGCGUUGAGUUUGACUGAGAGAGGUAUGUACUUAAGCCAGCGCGAUUAUAAAGUUCGAAUUUUAAACUUUAAAAGUCGUUUCAAGUGCACAAACCAGUUUAAUCAUUUAUAGUAUUAUGAGGAUAGACUGACUGUGUCGUUUCUGCUGUGUAUUUUACUUGUAAAAUGAGUUUGUGAAAGAUGAGCAAAUUAGCAUGUUUUUCUCAUGUGUGUGUGUGCUAGCUGUCACCAUUUUAUCUUCUUAUUGAGGUACACGCUUACGUUAUUUUCUCAUGUUGGGUGUGUUGUGAAGAUAAAUCCUGUAUGAUGACGUUUUGCUCUUUUUGAACUCUAAAUAGUUAUGUGCAUGUGUUUUGUACUCCCAUGACCAUGUUCAGUAAAUGUAUUAUUUUAGUCAAGUUCACUGUAUUAGGUUGUUGUGGUAAAGGACAUUUUUCAAGAUUGCUGUGGGCGCUUGUGUAUUCCUUUCUUUCAUAGAAUGUAUAUUUUUUUUUUGUUAUGCGCCAGGUGACGAUAAAUGUGCAUCAAUAUAAUCUAUAUUUCGUGUUAAUAUGUAUUAAAUUAAUAUAAAGUUAAUAAUAUAAUUGAAUGUAAUAGAAUGCAAGGUAAUGACAUUUGUUAUUUAUAUCUUUUGUAUUUUAUUAACAUAUUUUAAGUUAGUCUCAUGUUGAUGGUCAGUUGGCGUUGAGUUUGACUGAGAGAAAUGUGUCAUGAAGAUAAAUCCUGUAUGACAACGUUUUGCUCUUUUUGAACUCUAAAUAGACGUUGAGCUUGUCUGCGGGACGAAUAAACCUGAGUUCAACAAGACACGACGGCGUCCAGUGUCUAUUGUGCACCAGAACACAACGCAAUGUAGCCGGGCUAAGCAGGAAGGACCGGUUACAUUUGCAUAAUUUGAAAAUGCAAGCUGAGUAACUGUCCAUGCGUGGCUGAAGAUUGGGAAUAAAAUCAAUUCUGAUCUAGAGGAAUAAAAUCUGAUCUAGAGGAUUCACUCAAUCCAUCCCAAAGCCAAGGCAAUGUAAAGAGAGACAUGAUGUUGUAACACCCUCCUAAAACCAUGUUGACCAGAGAGCAGACAAAAACAGCUAAACUGAUCUCCUAGCUGCCUUUAAUGUCACAAUUCUGUAACUAAAAAUACAGUAAAAAUACAAAAGGCUUAUUUUAAUAAUGCAAUUUAUAUAACACUAUAUUGUCCCAUUUGCACUGUGAACACUGUGGAUGUAACUGUGGAUUUCUAUGUAUCAUAGAAAUCAUUACUAAUCAGGGUUUUAAUACACUUUGUUUGAUAUAAAUUUGGAUUAGAUCUGAGGAGUAAUUUGGCUUUAAAUGAGUGUCACGAUUUCCCCUCGAGCUAGCGCUGCAGUAUUGCAGCGUGCCCGGAAACCCGAAGCGUGAGCUUGAAACGCGAGCCCAAUGUGCAAGCUCUUAGCGAAUGCACGCUUUUGGGCCUUCAGUGACAUUGACUUUGUUUACUUUGGACACGUGCUUUUGUUAUGGUUUAUGUCCUGUCUCCGCCCCUGUAUUGUCAUUGGUUGUUUCCCAUAUGUGUGUUAUCAUUGUUUUCAACUGUCUUGUGUUUCACUCCUGAUUACGUUUGUCCUUUGAACCCCUCGUGUCUCUUUGCACUUCGUGUAGUAUUGAGUGUUAUCACCAUACCAAACGCUAGUAUUCUGUUCCUUGUUUAGUUUCAUGUUCUUUGACCUUGUUUCUCGUUCUUCAUUCUUGCCUUGCCCAGUUUAUGCCUGUUUGCCAAUCGCCUGACACAUGUUUCUUGACCUCGCUAUUUUCUUCCUGUUUUGGAUUUGUCUGCCUGUCUCUCUCUACAUAAACUCUUAUCUGCACUUGCAUCCAUCCUAACGUUCAUUACGUAAAAAAUGUGACAAUGAGACUAAUCACCAGUGCCAGGUUAGUGUCAGUGACAGAAACGGUAACAAGAUCUAAAGUUGUAAGUAUUCAAUAUUUGGUAAAUAAAAAAUUGCAUUCUUGUCCCCUUAUAAAGCAGAUAUUUUAACCUUUCUUUUCCCUAUAAAACUUUUGCAUCCAGCUUCAAGAGCAGCCAAGAUGAUUGACAUCGAUCCAUAGAACUGUACAAUACAGAAUGCUCUAAUAAUAAGCUAAAAAAGUUUAUAUGCCUUAUGCAACCCCAAUUCCGAAAAAGUUGGGACAGUAUGGAAAAUGCCAAUAAGAACAAAGAGGAAUGAUUUGUAAAUGUACUUUGACGUGUAUUUAAAUAAAAAACAUAUAAAGACAA